AUGGGUCGUCUUAAAAUGGUACGUCACGUUCAUGCUACGGCGUUCCCGGGAAGCGACGCGCCCUGUGCUCUCCCAGUGGCUGGAGUGACACAUGAGCAAGCUGGGAACCCAAAUCAUCUACGCACCGAAUCCCGCAUCCAUGUGGCCUGCUGGAAUGUUAGAACAUUGUUAGACACAGGAAGCCAGUGUAUCACGAUGCGAUCACUGCACGACUACAAGGUAGACAUCUGUUGUCUGUCCGAAGUCCGACUACUUAACUGUGGCACAAAACUAAUAAACGUACAACAUAGCAACGCAAACUACCGGUUAUACCACAAGGGCCCAACUGACAACUCCGGUUUGCACGGAGUAGUAAGCGCCGUGAGCGGCCGGGCCAACAAUGCCAUGAUUUCAUGGGAACCAAUCUCUCCCAGAAUUGCCAUAGUGCGCUUCAGAGGGAAGCCGUUUAACCUGACUGUCAUCGCUGUAUAUGCUCCAACGUUACAUGCGAAAGAGCCCAUCAAGGACGACUUCUACAACCAAGUUCAAGACGCAGUGAAUCGCAGUCCGAGACGCGACAUCCUCGUUAUCGCAGAGGACUGGAACGCACGCACUGGUCCGUCAGACGAACUUACUCAGCAUGUUCUUGGAAAGUUAGGCCUUGUUCAACGUUGCGAAAAUGACAAACGCCUAGUUACAUUUGCUGACCCUAAUCGACUGGUCGUGACGAACACCUAUUUACAGCACCCCGGAAAACACCUGCUCAUGUGGUACUCAAAUGAUGGUAGAACAGCACACCAGAUUGAUUAUAUAUUGGCACGUGCUCGGUGGGCCUCUUCGACAGAAGACUUCCGUUCCUAUCGCGGCGCAGAAACUGGAAACAGGAAUAGUGCAGACCAUACCCUUGUACGCCCCCAUUUCAAGAUUUACCUGACUCGUCUCCCAGGCAAAUUCAACGUCACGCUCUUGGAACGACCUGAGAGAAGGCAGGCGAUGCUAAACGCAACCGCUUCCAACAUAGCUGAAACUUGCUUUGAUGACUCAACUGUCGACGCACAGUGGUCUACACUGAAGACGUCCAUCAGAGAAGCAGCGCUGGAGCAGUUAGGUGAGAUUCUUCGCCGCAAGAGAGACUGGAUCUCUGAGCGUAGACUGCAGUUGUCCACGGAAGUCAGUCCGUCUGUAUUGUUCCUUCAAAAUGUUUGUAAUCCAUUUAUCGUCCUACUGUAA